GUACGUCAUGACGUUUCCACCCGCCUGCGUCAUGACGACGCAGAGCUGUAGGAUGUAGCACAGGACGUGUCUAGCGAGCUACUAGCAACAGUAGGGCGUCAGAAAACACACAAACAUCGGGAUCAGGAUCUGUUCUUGUACAUGUUCAAGCAGUGGUUGUGUCUGUGUCAUCAGACAGAUUAGAUCAGCCAGAUAUGAUGUAUCAUCUUUACAUUGAGAGCUGAAUGGAAGCAUUUGAGGCCUUUUAUGAGUGAGGAGGUUGUGGAUCCCAGUAAUGUACCAUGGGGUACGACAUUACGAGGUUCCAAGGGGAGGUGGAUGAAGACCUGCUGUGCCCUAUAUGCAGUGGAGUGCUCGAAGAACCAGUGCAGGCUCCACACUGUGAGCAUGCCUUCUGCAACGCCUGCAUAACGCAGUGGUUUGCCCAGCAGCAGAUCUGUCCUGUUGACCGCACGGUAGUGACGCUAGCUCACCUUCGACCUGUGCCCCGCAUCAUGCGUAACAUGCUGUCCAAACUUCAGAUCAGCUGUGACAACGCAGGUUUCGGCUGCACAGCCACGCUGCGGCUGGACCAGCUGCAAUCACACCUCAAGGACUGUGAACAUAACCCCAAAAGGCCUGUCAACUGCGAGGAGGGAUGUGGGCAUGAGAUGCCCAAAGAUGAGGUGCCCAACCAUAACUGUAUUAAACACUUGCGGAGCGUCGUCCAGCAGCAACAGACAAAGAUUUCGGACCUGGAGAAAACGGUUGCGGAGCAUAAACACCAGUUGGGGGAACAAAAACGGGACAUUCAGCUGCUAAAAGCCUACAUGAGAGCAAUCCGCAGUGCUAAUCCUAACCUCCAAAACCUCGAGGAGAGCAUUGAGUACAACGAGAUCUUGGAGUGGGUGAACUCCAUGCAGCCCGCCAGAGUCACACGCUGGGGGGGCAUGAUCUCCACCCCCGACGCCGUGCUUCAAGCCGUCAUCAAGCGCUCCCUCAUCGACAGCGGCUGUCCCCUCUCAAUCGUGAACGACCUGAUCGAGAACGCCCACGAGCGAAACUGGCCGCAGGGACUGGCCACGCUGGAGACGCGGCAGAUGAACAGGCGCUACUACGAGAACUACGUCGCCAAGCGUAUCCCUGGCAAGCAGGCCGUGGUGGUGAUGGCCUGCGAGAAUCAGCAUAUGGGGGAGGACAUGAUCCUGGAGCCGGGCCUGGUGAUGAUCUUUGCACACGGAGUGGAGGAGAUAUUAUAACUUGACAGCGUACUGACCUGCUCCAGAGACGAGCGGGAAGAGCCUUUCCCACGGGGGGGGGGUGGGGCGAG